AUGCCACAGACCUGUGCUGUGCGUGACGAUACGCACCUCUCUGUUGCCAUCCGCCUUCUCCUGCCCGACAUCGCAGCAACAAUGGAUAUCCUGCCUGUUGUCAACGGCUUUGUGUGCAAUCCGGAGCUGCCCGUUGCCUUGGCUCUGCGUGCCACCUGUGAGUUGACCUUCCAAUCACACAAGCCUUAUCCAAGGGCUGCCAUCAUUGCCAUCCCCUGUGUCGGCAAUCCUGCUCCAGACAAGGACACCACCCUUGUCAAAAGAUGGGUGCGGAGCCCCUUCCAAUCCAAAGCCAGUGAGAUGUCCUUCCAGCAAGGCACUACGCUCAUGGAAAUUGGAGCGGCAUCGUACCUCAAAUGCACGUCCAACCAAUCCUUCCUCACCAUGGAGGACGGCAAGCGCAUUGACCCCCAACCCGAGAAGGUCGUGACCAAGGCCCUUGCCGACCGUGGCGUGCCUCAACCUGCCUUGCCGGCCCGUGUUGCGUGUGUCCUCAGCAACGUUGAUCCGGCUCACCUACGCACCCACCUGCAUGAGCCCAGCCACGAUUUCUGGUCCUCGCUCAAAAAGCUUGCAUCGGACGCCAAGAUCCGUCUCAUCACACCGACCGAGUUGAAGGAGUGGCAGCAGACCCUGCGCAAGCGCAAGCAGUCCGAGGGCCCCAGCCAGGGGUCCAGCAGCUCCCAUGCUAACAGCAUCAGAGCCAUUGAUGUGGCCACCAUCACCAUCGACCUGCAGUCCUUCAAAGCAGAAGGAUCCAAGGUCUCAUACCUUGCCCCUGAGAGAUUCGGCCCUGACCAGGAGGGCCUCGCCAUCAUGACCAAGGCCGCAGCGGAAGCCUUCCUGCCUGCCAGCCGCAUCAGCGCAGGCCCUCUGGCCAUUGCAAUCGUUGACACCAAGCCAAUUGCAGGGUUCAUGGCUCCUGCGUUCAAUCACGAGGAUCAACCCGUUCUCGUUCCCACCUGCCUUGUGAACUUUGGUGAUGUUGAAAUCAAGUUUGCAGCGGAUGUGCCGUCCACCUCCAUGGGUGCCGUUGCAUCCUGUGUCGUUGAGUUCUGGGUCAGGCGUGACCUUGCCGCUCAGUGGAAAGACGUUGCUGAUCAUAUGCAAUACCUGGGUGUUCACCUGCCCGAACUCAGGAACGGCAAGGUCAUGGCCACUUGGAGUGCCAAGUUCUUCAGCAAGGACCGUAAACCAGCACCCCACGAUAAAGCCGCAUACCUGCAUGGCUUUUUCCGACUCCCGAUGACCGUUGUUGACCCCGUGCUGGCCAGAUCCGGAAAUGCGGGCAUCUUCCUCACACCAAAGGGAGACGACAAGAAGCCGCACCAAGCCUUCGCCAUCAUUCCCCUCCCUACUGCCUCCCUGGAUGAUGCCGUUGCUAAAGCAACCAGUGACCCCAACAUCCUUGGUGUCGUUGAGCACUCGCAGCAUUUUGCCCUCCGUUGCAGGCGUGAGAACCUUCAGAAGGUGCGCAAAAUCCUCACCCCCGAAAGCCUGUUCGUCCCAGAAGGUGAGAUGCCGCCGGACUCGGAGGCCUUUCAUCUCAAGCACCUUACCGAUCACACAACCCCGGAAGCGCUGACCGCUGCCCUCGCACAACUGGGCUGGAAUGCCAAAGCUGUGAGGCCUGUCAACCAGUCAACGUGGCUCAUCACAGCCAAGCACACGCCACCGGCCCGUCACCUGUGCAUCAAUGGUAGCUUUGUUGUGGUUGUGUCGUUGAAAAAGCCCUGCGACACUCAUCCCCAAGCUCGGCCCACCGGCCGUCCAGUGCACUGUUAUGCAGCCACCGAGCGAAGCUGGAUCGUCCGCCUCCACAGCCACGACCAGGUUCGCGGACCUCAAGACUGA